CUCCGCGACUCCACCCCUCCUGCAGACGAAGGCAUGGCGAGCACCGAGGCUAGAAGGGAGUGUGAGACAGAGGGCUGCACUAAGGACGCCAAACUUCAGUGCCCGACAUGUAUCAAGUUGGGCAUUCAAGGCUCCUAUUUCUGCUCACAGGAAUGUUUCAAAGGGAGCUGGGUGUCUCACAAGUUGCUGCAUAAAAAAGCAAAGGAGGACAAGAACCAGAAUGAAUCAAAGAACUGUGUGGAGAAGGACCUCAACACAGACCCAUGGCCGGGCUACCGCUACACAGGCAAACUACAUCCUCACUACCCGCUGACUCCCAUGAGGUCCAUACCCGGUGACAUCCAAAGACCUGACUAUGCUGAUCAUCCCAGAGGGAUAUCUGAGUCGGAGCAGUUUCUGAAGGGGACGUCUCAGAUCAAGAUCCUGUGUCCUGAGGACAUCGAGGGCAUGAGAGUAGUGUGCAAGCUGGCACGAGAAGUCCUGGACAUUGCAGCGGAGAUGGUGAAACCGGGUAUUACAACAGAAGAAAUUGACCAUGCUGUGCAUCUGGCCUGCAUAGCAAGGACCUGCUACCCCUCCCCUCUCAACUACUACAACUUCCCCAAAUCCUGCUGCACGUCUGUCAACGAAGUCAUCUGCCAUGGCAUCCCAGAUAGAAGACCAUUACAGAAUGGAGAUAUCCUAAACGUGGACAUCACCGUCUACCACAACGGUUUCCAUGGUGACCUUAAUGAAACCUUCUACGUAGGCGAGGUGGAUGAAGAAGCAAAGAAACUGGUUCAGACUACGUAUGAAUGCCUUAUGCAAGCCAUCGACUCUGUGAAGCCUGGCAUUCGUUACAGAGAGUUAGGUAACAUCAUUCAGAAGCACGCUCAGGCCAACGGCUUCUCUGUGGUGAGGAGCUACUGUGGCCACGGCAUCCAUAGACUUUUCCACACUGCCCCCAAUGUGCCACAUUAUGCCAAAAACAAAGCAGUUGGAGUUAUGAAGCCUGGCCAUGUGUUUACCAUUGAGCCCAUGAUAUGUGAAGGUGGCUGGCAAGACGAGACGUGGCCAGACGGCUGGACGGCGGUGACCAGAGACGGGAAGCGCUCGGCUCAGUUUGAACACACCCUGCUGGUGACGGAGACCGGCUGCGAGAUCCUCACCCGCCGCCUGGAGGACAACGGUCGCGCUCAUUUCCUCAACCAAAUGUAGGCCAGAUUUGAACGCAUCAAGGACUGGACUUUCCAGACACAGACACCCAGCACCUCUGGGCCUCACGCACUCACACACACACACACACACACACACGCAUUUAAAACAAAGAGGCACCACUCCCGGAGCUCAGUGUAACUGUGGCUCUCAUUGUUCUUUGAAUUAAAUAUCGGUUCCUCAAAUUAAAUGGAAGUACUUGAAUGUGUCUUAUAUCCAACGUGGAUUGCUUUAUUAGUGAAAACUGUAUCCUCUGAAGGAAAUAUGAACGUAUUUAUGAGAUUUGGUUUUGCUUUGUGGUCGGGCUUGACAUCAGGCCUUUUUUUUGACUUCUGGGUCAUGUGACUCGGAGUUUUUACCGGCUGGCUAGUUGUUGUCUGUGGUGUGUGGAGCUCAGGGCAAAUCCAACUAGUGCGCCAUGCUUUGCUUCUUUUUCUCUCGGCCUCUGCUAACUUAGUCAGACUUCAUGUGAAUAUCCCAGAGAUGGACUGAAAAGACUCAGCAAUAUUAGAGACACAGGAGGGUUCCUGGAAGCUGGGUCAACAAGUCUCACAACCUCAAAAACCAGCAACUCAAAGUCAAACACCAGGUCAAAAAAAUCAUUUUAAGUUUAGAUGUCAGGCAAAAACAAUCAUCUUCUGGCAGAUAUAAUGCAGCUAAAGCAGACAUAUUGUAUGCACCGUCUGCUGUCCUUGCUGUUGGCUGAGCAGAAGUUUGGACUGCAAUCCACAAAAUGAUGAGGUAAAUCAUAGAAUUCCAGUUUGUCUUGGCUACACUUUUUUUUUUUCUAUCAGGUAAGUGUAAAUGUCCAGCUGUUCCACCUUUGACAAUCCUGUCAAAUCAUCCAUCCACUGAUUGAGAGCAUACGGGUCAGCCAGUCGGGUCCUGCUGGUCAUUGUUAACCUAUAUAAGUAACUUGUGGUCCUGGAGAUGGAGUGACCUUGCAUAUUUGUAGAAACUCGUAUCAUUUUCCUUAAUUGUCAAAAACAGGUCAGCAAAACUUAGCAGCUAGCGCCAGCUAACGUCGGUAGGGAAUGCUUUUGCCUCCAGCUAAGCCCAGCCCACCAAAAAGACGUCAUACUGUUUACUUACAGUAAAUAGAUGUGUUGCACGACUUCAUUUGGAGGCAUCGCUAAUGAAACAUUAAGACUCGACAAAUAUGCAUAUAUAGCUAAUGCCCUAAACUGAGAAUCAGUAUUGCUCAUAGAUCGACUUUUGACUCUAAAAUGACACUAUUCCCAAAGGUGUUGAUUGGUGAAAGGACCUUUUUAGCCGAUUUCAAUCUGAACAUAAUCUAACAUGACUGGGAGCACAAGUUUUCAUGGCGAUCUAGCCAAUAUAAAGAGCCCCACCUUUGUAAUAUUAAAAAUUCUGGCUUUAUGUUCAACAAACCUCGCUAACUCACUAAUCUGGCUUUGUAGUACACCUCUCUGCUCAACUGUCAGUCUUAUUGCCUGGUUACAUGUCCAGCAGAAGCACUCCAGCCUAGUUAUUACAUCAUGAAUGUUGCUAUUAGUAAUUGUGACGUAACCACAGAGCAUCUCCAUAGAUGAGGAGUACCUGAAUAUAAUAAUAAUAUUGAAUAAUAAUAUUCAGGAGUACCUCCAGAACGAGGACACUGACAUUGAUCACACAGUCGUGUAAGAGCUGAGCUUGUUAAUCCUACUUUGAGGAACACUCUUUACCGUCUCGUGUUUCCAAUAGCCCUGGUGUAGCAAAUUGAGCCUUAAUGUGUGAAUCUAGGAUUUCAAACUUGCCGGAUAUCUCAAGGCACGUUAAUUGAUGUUAACCCCGUAUCUCGACAGUCACCGUUUACCUUGACGUGAGGAGUUUCCUGGUGUGAGCAGCAUUCAUUCUUUCUACAUCUUCAGAGGACUAAUGUGAUCACAGUUUCUCUGCCAUCUUUGUAUUUCUUCUAAUGGAGUAAUAAAUGACUCUUCUGUA